GAAUCUUCUUACGAGAAAACAGCCACGCAGCAAAGAAGGUACGACGAUGUCGAAGGAGAUGUUCACGUUGAAGAGCUCCGACGGUUUCUUAUUUGUGGUUGACGAAGCGGUCGUACAUCAAUCAGUGACACUGUCGCCUAUGGUUCAAGAUUGCGCCGGUCGUGAAUACCCGAUCAACAACGUCACAGGCAAAAUCCUCAACUUAGUGGUAGAAUACUGCAAGAAUCACGUCGUUGUCGACGGUGGCGAUUCUUCUUCCUCCUCCUCCUCCGGCGAUGCUCUCAAGAAGUGGGACGAUAAGUUCAUCACGCAAAUGGAUCUGUCGACGGUCUACGAUCUCAUCAUGGCUGCGAACUACCUAAUCAUCAAAGGUCUUUUUGAUCUCGCUUGCCAGAGAGUCGCUGACGUGAUCGCAGCAUGCAAAGACCAUGAGGAGAUUCGCGCAACGUUGGGCAUCGUGAGUGACUACACAGCAGAGGAGGAAGCAGAGGUUCUCAAGGAGAACGAGUGGGCUUUUGAUUGAUUAUCGAGCGGGCUAAUCUAAACCCUAGCUAGCUAGUCUUUCUUUUCGAAUCUUUGUGUUGGUAUGUUGUUUACGGAUCUUUAGAUCGAUAAUAGUUGAAGUUGGCUUUCUUGUUUUGAUUUUGAUAAUAUCAACAGUGUUCUUGAUCGAUAUUAGAUGAACAGAAAGUCUUAUAAAGCAAGUUGUUCUUGAUCG